AUGAAGAAUUCUUGGGGUGCGAUCGCGGUGGCUGUUUCGACUUUGUUAUUUUCUGUCACGGUGAUUGCAGCGUCGGCGGAAGACUGGACAAACAGGUCUAUUUAUCAAGUAGUCACCGACCGAUUCGCUUUGGGAAAUGGAUCAUCGCCGAGAUGUGCCACUAACGAAAGGAAAUACUGCGGUGGCAACUGGCAAGGAAUCAUCAGCAAACUGGAUUACAUUCAGGGAAUGGGCUUUGACGCUAUAUGGAUCUCGCCUGUUGUUGAAAACAUCGAAGGAACGACGAUAGGAGGAGAAGCUUAUCAUGGGUAUUGGGCGCAAAAUAUCAACUCGCUCAAUGCUAAUUUUGGUUCUGAUGAUGAUUUGAAAAGCUUAAGUUCUGCUCUCCAUGAACGAGGGAUGUAUCUCAUGGUGGAUAUCGUCGUGAACCAUCUCGUGGCAAUACCUACUAACACAUCCAGUGUAUGGCCCGAAACCUUUGACUACUCUCUUCUGCAACCCUUUGGUGGACCACACUCGUUCCAUCCUCAAUGCUUCAUAUCCAACUACGGCAAUCAGACCGAUGUCGAAAAAUGCUGGUUAGGUGACGCCAGUAUACCCCUUCUUGAUAUCGAUACCGAAAACAACACUGUGGUAGAUAUGAUGUACAGCUGGGUCAAAAAUCUAGUAUCAAAUUACGACAUCGAUGGACUUCGGGUGGACACGGUCAAACACGUUCGCCAGGACUUCUGGCCCGAUUUUGCGUCGAAUGCAGGGGUGUAUACUGUGGGCGAGGUUUUCACCGGCAAUGUCAGUUACGUUGCUUCAUACACUGAGGGUCUUGAUAGUGUUCUCGACUAUCCGACCUACUUUGCCGUCUACGACGCCUUCAACAACGGCACCUUCGGCAACAUGACCGUCAUUGCAGACGUAGUCACUCAGGCUCAAGAUCAAUACAAUCAUGGUACUUUCUACGUUGGUUCUUUCGUCGAAAAUCAAGACAAUCCCAGAAUUCAGUCCACUGUUUCUGACCAAUCGGUCGUAAAAAACUUCAUCACUUGGCCUUUCAUCAAUGACGGUAUCCCUAUACUUUAUUAUGGUCAAGAGCAAGGGUACCAAGGAGCCAACGAUCCCGCCAAUCGAGAAGCUCUUUGGCUAUCGGGCUUCAGCACUGAAGAUAAACCUCUUCUCACCCAUGUUCAAGCCCUUAACUCCGCACGAAAACAAGCUAUAUCAUACAAUUCGUCCUUCCUCACAACCAAGGCCUCCUUCAUUUCGCAGUCUUCCAUUUCCACACUAGCUAUAUCUAAACCGCCUUUGCUCACUCUCCUUACAAACGGAGGCAACUCGUCCAAUGCAACAUGGAUUAUUCCUAGCACAGCGGGUUUAUACAGCCCAAACGAAACCCUUGUAGAUGUCUUAUCGUGUGAUUCUGUGAUGAUGGGCUCGGACGGUAGCUUGACUGUCGUAGCGACUAAUGGUCUACCCAAAGUUCUAAUGCCUGAAGAGGCAUUGAAUUCAUCUGGGCCAUUGUGCGGUUCUGGAUCCCAGGGGUCGUCAGCGUCUGUAGGGCCGAAUGGGUCGUCAGCGUCUGCAGGGUCGAAUGGAUCGUCAAGCCCUGUGGGAUUAAAGGGUAUAAAUGGGGGGAUUGUGAUUGCAAUCAUGAGCAUAGUCUUUACCGGAAUCGUGUCGGGGAUGUUGAUAGUGUAA